AUCAUGUCAGGAGAAGAGAGAGGGUCAAAACUUGAAGGGAAAAGAACUAAAACAUUGGUACAUCAUGUAGACCUCAACGCUCCAAUGUUCUUCCGACCAAAACUUUCAGCUCACCACAAAGUAAUAAAGAAAUAUAGAAAUGUAUUAGUAAGAAUGAGUAAAACAUAUAAAAACCAUUUGAAAAUAUCUAUAUGGGCACAACGUGACAGCAACAAAGUCGUCUAUUCUGAAUACGUGAUCCCAGGCUAAAUAGACCAAAGAAAAAUAAGAUCAAAACAGCCCCUCCUUUGUGUUUUUUCUUCAACUCUCCCCCCGCUUUUCCCCCAUUCCCUUCAUUUUGAUCUAAUCAUCAAACCCUGGUUUAGAUUUCCAUCUCAACAAAGAAGACAUGGCUAACUCGGCAUCUGGGAUGCAUGUAAAUGAUGAAUGCAAGGUCAAGUUUAUGGAGCUGAAAGCAAAGAGGACUUACAGGUACAUCGUGUUCAAGAUUGAUGAGAAGGCUCAAGAAGUUCAAAUCGAAAAGCUUGGGAAUCCACAAGAGACUUACGAUGAUUUCACAAACUCCAUCCCGGAGAAUGAAUGCCGAUACGCAAUCUAUGAUUUUGAUUUCACCACCGAGGAUAACUGCCAGAAGAGCAAGAUCUAUUUCAUUGCAUGGUCACCUGAUACUUCAAGAGUACGUAGCAAGAUGUUGUAUGCAAGCUCAAAGGAUAGGUUCAAGAGAGAAAUGGAUGGAAUUCAAGUUGAGUUGCAAGCAACUGAUCCUAGCGAGAUGAGCCUUGACAUCAUCAAAGAACGAGCUCUGUGAGCCCCAAAAAAUCAUAUCAUAUCAUUAUUCUAAAUGAACCACUGCAUCUUUAUUUAUUCCUAAAUUGUUUUGUAUGUUAAAGCUUGUUUAAUUUGUAUCAUUGACAUUUCCAUUUCCCUUUGGAUAUUUCUGCUCUUUGCAAACAGUUUGUGUGGAUUUAUGUCUUAAAAUUAUUAUUGUUUUUUUCUUUCCUCACAAGCAAAACAAAACAAUGGUAAUUAAGAUAGUUUAAUUCUUGAGCUUUCUUUCUGAAAAGUGAACCAUUCAGGUCGAGCCAACGGAUACGCUGCCUGUAUGACUGCGACUACUUGUGCUUGAGAAUCGUUAGAGAUGCAAUGCUUCCACAGUUCUUAGGUAGACUAACCCCAUUUGUUAUUUUGUUUUUAUUACAGUUAUGAAGAUCAUCCAACAUGCAAAAACUCGUGUUAUUUAUCUAGUAAUAAGAAAAACAACAAAACAGAAAAUGCCAACUAAUGAUGCAUUAGUAAAACAAUCUAGUGGACUUAGUAUGGAAUGCUUUAAGCAUAUAUCAUCCAAACUUUUCUCUCUUUAUUUUUUGUCUUAUUUUUAAUAUAGAUUCCAUUCUUUGAUUAAAACAAAUAUAAUAAAAGAAAAUUCACAAAAGGAAUAUAGGGACGAGAAGCAAAUGAUAAAAAAACAAAUAUAUACGUCUAAUAAAAAAACUUAGGUUUUCAAAAUUUGUUAACUAAAAUAGCAAAAUUAGAUUAGUUUAUAUGUAAUGUUUUAUACAUCGAUUUCCACAUUUAUGUUUUAACGAUUAACAAAACUCUUUUGAGAGUUCCACAAACACAAAUCAUGAAAAAAUACGAGAAAUUAGAAAACACGUGAUGCUCGCCAUUUUUUUCAAUAUUCGUUUAUUUUGCAAGCUGUAAUACAUAUUCUUCAAGACAUACCGAAUAAACAAUGAAAAGACUAACACAGACGGAUGGAAAACCAUCAGAAUCAAUGUUCAAUACUCACAAAAUAAGAAAAAAUGACACCAUUACACUUAUAUCAUUGAAACCUUUUCCGAUCGAACAUAUCACUAUAUCUUUAUAAAUAGAACUAAAUGUUCUUUUAACCUUCAUUUAGAACCUAAAGCUCGAAGCUCUUUUCCUUUCCUUGAAUGGAGACAGGUAAUACUCCUAUCACAAACUUACAUUAUUGUCAUCACCUUGUGAGAAUGGCUAUUUGGAUUCAAAAGCAAUUUUUUUAAUUGUUAUUAACAUAUAACACACUUAUGAAGUAAGUUUAAAAAAACACUCAUGAAGUAGGAAAAGCGCAGUUAUCGGUCAUCAAGGCAUGGAAGGAAGAGAAGAUAACAAAGGUCACUAGCAAGACUCAGAAGAGGCUCCAUGAGAUUUCAGGAUGGGAGAAUAAGAAAACAAGAAAGAUCGAAUCUCAACUCGCUAGUGUCCAACGGAAGAUGGACAGUGAGAAAAUGGAGGAAGCAGAGAAACUGAGGAGCAAGAAAGCAGCAGUUCAUGCAAAAGCACAAGAGAAGAAAGCGAA